AUGAUUCUGCUCCAGCAAUCGCUUUCCUCCCGUCUAGCCGGCACAACCGCCGGCGACUGGCAGAAUGAUCACCCGCAGCCGACACACCGCCGUUAUCCCUCAUUCUCUUCCGAAAAAAACAGCGAAAAUUCUGCCAGAGAAGAUGCUGACAGCAGUAGUAAGACGUACGGCUCAUCCUCCGCAUCAGGCGCCGCGAAUGACGGCGUGAGAAUCGGAGAGAGCAGCAGCGCGUACAAUACGAGCUCGGGGAUUGUGGCGGGGAAAGUGAACGUGCAUCUGGUGCCGCACUCGCACGACGACCUGGGAUGGCUCAAUACGGUUGAACAGUACUAUAUCACGGCCGUCCAGUUCAUCCUAGAGACGGUGGUGGACCAGCUGGAGGCCAAUCCGGACCGUCGAUUCAUCCAAGUGGAGCAGGGUUUCUUCUACCGCUGGUGGCAGCAGCAGUCAGAGGGCAUGCGGCAGCGCGUGCGUGCUCUUGUGCACUCAGGCCAGCUGGAGUUCAUCGUAUGCGUUUUCUACCCUCCUCUGUCGCUCACCUACCCCCUGCGGCCCCCUGCUGCUCCCUGCUUGCUCCCCCCUGCUCACAGCAACGGCGGGCGGGUGAUGCAUGACGAGGCGGGACGUGCUACAUCACAUGUCGCUGGGCCACCGCUUCCCCCCAUGCCCUCCCUGCUACCUCGUACUGCCCCUUUUGCCCCCUUCCGCCCCCUCCCGUCACAUGCUUGCAGCAACGGCGGGUGGGUGAUGCACGAUGAAGCAGUGUGCCACUACAGGGACGUGCUACAUCACAUGUCGCUGGGCCACCGCUUCCUGCGCCGCCACUUCAAUGCCACUCCAAGGAUCGCCUGGCAGAUCGACCCCUUCGGCCACUCCGCCACCCAAGCUAGUCUUAUCACGGCCCAGGGCGGGCUGGAUGCAGUGUUCUUCGCACGGGCGGACUAUGAGGACAUAGCACGGCGCAAGCAGGAGAGGAGCACCGAGUUUGUGUGGCGUGCCUCCAAGACGUUUGGCCGGCAGGCUGAGGUGUUUGCAGGAAUCCUCUACUGGGACGGCUACUUUGCCCCACAGCCAUUUCGCUUCGAACCAUACGACCCGCUCACCAACCUUGUCAAGGACAACCCAUAUGAAGCAGACACUAACAUAGUGCAGCUGGUAGAGGCGUUUGUGAACAAGUCGCUGACCCAGGCGGGUGACACGCGCAGCGAGCAUGUGAUGUGGGCCAUGGGGGAGGACUUCUCUCACUCCAAUGCUGCCCUGUGGUUCACGAACAUGGACAAGCUCAUUCACUAUGUCAACCUGGAUGGCCGGGUGAAUGCCCUCUACUCCACGCCCUCGCGCUACCUCGAUGCCAAGCACCGCAGCAACCAGUCGUGGCCGCUCAAAGAAGGCGACUUCUUCCCUCGCUCCCCGCCCUCCCGCACACCCUUCCUUCUCGUCCAUCCCGCUGCUCCUUUGUGCCCCCACGCUGCUCCUCCUGCAGGCAGCCACGCUACUGGAAGCAUCAGUGGUCAAGGCCACCCUGCAAGCGUGGGGGAACCAAACCACUUUCCUCGUGGUGCCCGUUCUGCUCUCCUCCAACCUCACUGCCAUCCACGCCCCUGCCUUCCCGCACACCUGCAGGCAGCCACGCUACUGGAAGCAUCAGUGGUCAAGGCCACCCUGCAAGCGUGGGGGAACCAAACCUCCCGCCUCGUGGUGCCCGUUCUGCUCUCCUCCAACCUCACUGCCAUCCACGCCCCCUCGCCCCCGCCCUCCCACGGAUCCCUCCCUUACACUGCGCCUCCUUGCAGGCAGCCACUCUACUGGAAGCAUCAGUGGGCAAAGCGAGCCUCCAAUCCUGGGCACCAUGACGCCAUCACAGGCACGGCGAAGCAGCACGUGAAUGAUGACUACACACUUCAGCUGUACCGGGGAAUGCAGGAGGUAAGGUGUUUGGGGUUGAGGCAAGCCUCCACGUUCCCUCUCCCCCUGGAGGAGGCGGUGGCGGUGGCACAGCACCAUGAUGCCAUCACAGGCACGGCGAAUCAGCACGUGAAUGAUGACUACACGCUGCAGCUUUUCAGAGGGGCGAACGAGGCAUCUGUGAUAGUGACCUCGUCCCUCACUCAUCUCAUCACUCAAGGCGCACUGGACCUCAAACCCACUCCUGCUGCUCGUGCUGCUCGCACCACCGUACAACCUGCUGCUCCUGCCGAGACACUCUAUAACGAGACAGGGAAUUUAGAAAACAGAGGCGCAGAGGACACGCUGCGGCUUGGACUGGACUUCCAGCUGUGUCCGCUGCUCAACAUCUCCUACUGCCCACCCACGCACCACCCCAUUCCCCCCGGCACCACUCUGGUUAUUGCUGCAUACAACCCACUUGGUUGGGCCCGAGACGAGAUAAUCCGCAUUCCUGUGUCCUCGCCGGCAGUCAUUGUGACUGAUGACCGUGGCAAUGUGGUUCCAUCACAGGCCGUUCCCGAGGUGUUGAUUCCGUGGGAAACCCGAAAGAGGUACAUCAGUGUUCAGGUGGGCGAGGAGGCUGUGAAGGGGGGCGAAGAGGGGUUGUGGGGGGUUGAGAAGAAGGUGGAAGGUAGUCAGGAGGGGGUGAGAGGAGGCAAGGAGAAGCGAGGGCGGGAGGUGAGGGAGGCGCAACAGCAGCAGCAGCAGCAGCAGCAGCAGCUGGAGGAGGAGCGGGAGGAGCAGCAGCAGAAGAAGAAGAAGCAGCAGCAGAAGCAGCAACAGCAGAAGUCACAGAAGCAGCAACAGCAGAAGCUGCAGCAGCAGCAGCAGCAGCAGCAGCAAGGCGUGGUGGUGUCAGUGGUGUUCCGUGCCAAGGUGCCAAUCCGCGUGCUGCGAGGGCCGCUAGUGAAGGAGUUUCACAGAGCACUGGCGCCCUGGCUGUCCGAGGUCAUUCGAGUGUAUCCGGGACAGGACUAUGCGGAGAUGCACUACAUGGUGGGGCCAGUGCCCAGGAAGCCCUAUGUGGCUCGAGAGGUGGUCACUCGCUUCACCUCCUCCCUCGUCACUGAUGGGGCUCUUUUCACCGACUCCCAGGGCCGCGACUACCUGCGCCGGGUGCGCAAUCAUCGGUCGGAUUGGAAUCUCACCGUCUACCAGCCUAUUGCCGGCAACUUCUAUCCACUCACAGCAGGGGCGUUCAUUGCUGACAGCACCACCCAGCUCUCACUGCUGGUGGACCGGCCACUGGGGGCGGCCAGCCUGGCAGACGGGCAGAUCGAAGUGAUGCUGCACCGGCGCAUGAUCGCAGACGACGGCAAGGGCGUGGGGGAGGUGCUUGAUGAGAGGGUCUGCGAUUCCCAUGGCAACUGCACUCCCCUGGCC